UUGUCAAAGCCACAGCAGUGAAGGGUAUGUCAAAGUUUCCAGUCCUGCCCCCGAUUGAAGACACACAGGACCGGGGUGAGGUUGGACAGAGCGCCUCAGCAAGGGAGAAAACGGAGAAGACAGCGGUUCGCAAGAAACUGUUGAGGCACAGAAGGAGUAAAGUGCAACAACACCAACUCCAUAUGAUAUUGGUGUCUAGAGCAAUGGAGGCUUACAGACGAAGCAAAGAGAGGGGAGCAGUGUGCAGCCAGUCACCAGAACCAGAGUUUCCACCUUCUAUGCUUAGUGAGGAGCGGAAGCGUAGGUUGAACUACAUGUUCCUGAAGCGAUGUGUUGAGAACCGCCCAUUUGCUCCAAUCCAGCAACAGUGGAUGGACUCCAUUGUUGCCCGAGUCUCCCCUAAACUUAAAGAGGGACCUGAGACACAAAAACUGCUACAGGAGCUCUGCAAGGAAGUCAGUGACGAUUUCCACAAUGUGAUUGUCAAGCACACAGUGGACACGGUAUUAAAGAAUCCACGGACAGAAGAACCUGUCUCUGACAAACAGACAGCUACCCAACCAAAAAUUCUUGAUCUCUCCCAAUCUUGGCAUGAUAGCUUUAUCAGAAGCCACAAAAUAAUGAAAACAAAUUUGCACAUUCUUCAUCCGGUAAUGCAAACUGUCUUGGAUAUUGGCUACAUGACAUUUUCUCCACUGGUGCUGGUUGAUCUUUCAGUAUGCAGGGCUUCAGGAUCUGUGGACUGUAAGAGCCUACAGAACAAAAUGGCUGUGGAGUGUAAGAGGACAGAAGAUCGUAUCAUGAAUACCUGGUUUCCCAAAGUCAUCCACUUAUUGACAAGUAAAGAAACACUGAAGGGAGUUAAAGAGGAGAAACUGGAUUCCUUUUACAACUGCACGUCCACCCUAAUCUCCAAUCAGUUAAAAUCUGUGCUUCAGACAAGUGUUGAGGCGUUUGUCAAUCUGUUUGAGCCAAGCAAUCGCCGCUACUUGCCCCUCUUUCGUAUGGCCUUAACAUUUGAUGAUGAAAAGAUGGAAAUUUAUCCCACCUUGCAAGAUCUGGAAGCUGCUGUUUUAGGGAUUCUUAAUGUCAUCACAAACACACUGCAGAAAGUACAGACGGUCCAGUCAUGGCUGACAGAAGCCAUAUCUUCAUUUGUAGAUGCUAAGGUGGCUGAUCACAUCCUUGCUUGGGCUCAUGUCACCGUAAAGGCUGCUGUGUGCAAGAAUCUAGAGGAACCUGACAAACAUUUCCAGAACUAUGUUGACAACUAUGACUGGCUAGUCAAUGGAACUGCACAGGCUAGAGUAGAUAAGUUCAUGGAAGAGGAGCACUCUUUUGAUGAGUACACUAAGCAAGUGGAGGAGUUUCGUGUUCUGUCAAAGGAGAUUAUUAGCCUCCCAGCAAAAGCCCACUUCUCGAUGGUCCAUCUGGACUGUGAAGAGCUGAAACAGGGGCUGGCAAACAAAGCAAACAACUAUGCUCAAAUACUUCUGAAGAAACUGAUCACCAGCCACCGCGAGCAAAAUCUACAGAUCUGCUCUGAAUUUGAAACCAUCAGAGAGAACAUUCUGAAAGUACCAGAGAGUACAGAGGACAUGACUGAGAUCAUUGAUCACAUUAAUUUCACUAAGACAAAGGGUAUUGCAGAACUUCAUGAAAAAAUAAAGGAAGCUUACCGUAGACUGCUCUACCUCCUAGAUGUCCACAUCAUUGAGCCAGAGCACCUGGAACUUAAUUCCACUGUCUUUCUCUGGCCGCAGAAAAUCCUCCAUGUCUUUGAGCUCAGUCAAGAGGUAAUGCAGAAGGCCAAGCAGAAAGGGGAGCAGGAGCUGAUUGCUAAAAGAGAACGACUAAUGAUACAGCUGGAAAAGUUGGGCCGCAGGGUAGAGGAGUUCCCACAUUGCUCUGAGCUGGAUAGGAUGCCGCAGUAUAUGACGGAUGUCAGAACAGUUCAGAAGCUUCUCCAGGAGGCUGAGGAGGCGAUCGUCUUCAUUAACAAGGAAGAGGUCUUUUACAAAUGGGAUCAAACAUGUUACCCAGAACUUGAGGUCAUCAAAGACAACAUUGAACCGUAUCAGAAGCUGUUUGGACUUGUGUUGAAGUGGCAGCGCACAGAAAACAGGUGGAUGGAUGGUUCCUUCCAGGGCCUAGAUGGGGAGAGCAUGGAAGUAAAAGUGGAUGAGUUCUUUAGGGAGAUCUUCAAGAUGCUCAAGUUUUUCCAACAGAAGCAGAAUAAGGCUGUGCAAGAGAAGGAGAAGAAUGCUGGGAGGAGACAACCUACUGAGGAUGAUCCAAAAAAGUUGGAAAGCCCCACAGUACUUUUGUGCUCCACUGUGAUGGAGCAGAUCAAGGAGUUUAAGGAUCAUAUUCCUGUUGUGUCCAUCUUGUGUAAUCCAGGCAUUAGAGCUCGCCACUGGGACCAGAUGUCAGAUAUUGUGGGGUAUGACCUCACUCCUGACUCUGGUACUACACUACGCAAAGUUCUCAAGCUAAACCUGGCUCCGUACCUGGAACAGUUUGAGUCUCUGAGUGCUGCUGCUAGUAAAGAGUUUUCCCUGGAGAAGGCUAUGCAAACCAUGAUGCAUAUUUGGGAUGGUAUUUCUUUCCACCAUCAACCUUACAGGGAGACCGGAGUGUCCAUUCUAACCACCUUGGAUGAGAUUCAGACGAUGUUAGAUGACCAGAUUGUGAAGACUCAGACAAUGAGGGGCUCACCGUUCAUCAAACCUUUUGAAAAGGAGAUCAAGGUUUGGGAGGAGCGUCUGCUUCGUAUCCAGGAAACAAUAGAUGAAUGGCUGAAGGUGCAGGCCCAGUGGCUUUAUCUGGAGCCCAUCUUCUCUUCUCAGGACAUCAUGCAGCAGAUUCCGGAAGAGGGACGACUUUUCCAAACUGUUGACAACUGGAAAGAGAUCAUGAGGCACUGCGUUAAGGACCCUAAGAUUCUGCAAGCAACCUCGCUGCCUGGUUUGCUAGAAAAACUGCAAGAUUCUAACAUCCUCCUGGAAAGCAUCAUGAAAGGACUGAAUGCCUAUUUGGAGAAGAAGCGUCUGUUUUUUCCACGGUUCUUCUUCUUGUCCAAUGAUGAAAUGCUGGAGAUUCUGUCUGAGACCAAGGACCCACUGCGAGUGCAGCCCCAUCUGAAGAAGUGCUUUGAGGGUAUUUCCAAACUGGACUUUCUACCCAAUCUGGAUAUCCAGGCCAUGUAUAGUAGUGAGGAGGAGCGUGUUCAGCUAAUCCAGCUCAUCUCCACGUCUGAAGCCAAGGGAGCAGUGGAGAAGUGGCUGGUGCAGGUGGAGGAUGGGAUGAUUCGCAGUGUCAGAGAUGUAGUAGCCAGGUCCAGAUUGGCCUACGCUGAGACUGCACGGAGACAGUGGGUCAAGGAGUGGCCUGGGCAGGUGGUGCUCUGCACCUCACAGAUUUUUUGGACCUUGGAGGUUCAUGAAGCUAUCAGAGCUGGAGCUGAUGGUUUAAAAAACUACUAUCAGCAACUUCAGAAUCAGCUGAAUGACAUUGUGGAGCUGGUAAGAGGGAAACUGCCCAAACAAACACGGACCACUCUGGGAGCUCUGGUCACUAUCGAUGUCCAUGCCAGGGAUGUGGUCAUGGAGCUUAUUGAAAAAAGCGUAUCCAAUGAAACAGACUUUCAAUGGCUAGCCCAACUUCGUUACUACUGGAGCAAUGACAAUGUUCGUGUUCGCAUAAUCAACUGUGAUGUUAAGUAUGCCUAUGAGUACCUGGGGAACUCACCACGUCUGGUCAUCACUCCACUGACUGACAGAUGCUACAGAACACUGAUCGGGGCAUUCUACCUAAAUUUGGGUGGUGCGCCUGAGGGUCCAGCUGGAACAGGAAAGACAGAAAACAAAGAUCUAGCCAAAGCUCUAGCUGUGCAGUGUGUGGUCUUCAACUGUUCUGACGGACUGGAUUACCUCGCUAUGGGCAAAUUUUUUAAAGGUCUGGCUUCAUCUGGUGCGUGGGCAUGCUUUGAUGAGUUCAACCGUAUUGAGCUGGAGGUGCUGUCUGUAGUGGCCCAACAGGUUCUCUGCAUCCAGAGGGCUGUCGAGCUGAAGUUGGAGUACUUUGACUUUGAAGGGACCAUGCUCAAACUUAAUCCCAACUGCUUUGUGUCCAUUACAAUGAACCCUGGCUAUGCAGGACGCUCAGAACUCCCAGACAACCUCAAGGUGUUGUUCCGAACAGUGGCCAUGAUGGUGCCCAACUAUGCACUGAUAGCAGAGAUCUCUCUUUAUUCAUAUGGCUUCCUCAAUGCCAAACCAUUGUCAGUAAAGAUUGUGAUGACCUACAGGCUAUGCUCCGAGCAGCUCUCCUCCCAGUUCCAUUAUGAUUAUGGCAUGAGGGCCGUCAAAGCUGUACUUGUGGCUGCAGGAAACCUCAAGCUCAAGUAUCCUAAUGAGAAUGAAGACAUACUGCUCCUGAGGUCCAUAAAGGAUGUCAAUGAGCCCAAGUUUCUCGCCCAUGAUAUUCCGUUGUUCAAUGGAAUCACCAGUGAUUUGUUCCCAGGCAUCUCCCUUCCUGAGCCUGACUAUAAGCUGUUUCUGGAAGCUGCUGAAGAAUGCUGUAAAAAUCAAAAUGUACAGCCAACCCAGGUCUUCUUACAGAAGAUGAUCCAGACAUAUGAGAUGAUGAUAGUCAGGCAUGGGUUCAUGCUAGUGGGAGAGUCUUUUGCCGGGAAGACUAAAGUGCUACAUGUUCUGGCUGACACACUGACUCUCAUGAAUGAGAAAGGGUACGGUGAGGAGGAGAAGAUCAUCUACAUGACAUUGAACCCAAAGUCCAUCACCAUGGGACAGCUCUUUGGACUUGACCUAGUUUCCCAUGAGUGGACAGAUGGGAUUGUGGCAAACACAUUUCGUGACUAUGCAUCGACCGACACCCCAGACC